UUCGCCAGGUAACAUCUGUGAAAGAAGCAUCCCGCACUUGGUGUAAUCGCCACGAUGAAGCUGUUAUACAUUAUAGUCGUGAUAAUAAUUCCUAUCUGCACAUCCGCAGAUAAUUCGAAAGAAACAACAACAGUCACAUAUAGAGUAUCUGACCAGUUGAUACAGUGCAGUCAAAAGUUGUCCAAAUUUAUUAAAUCACUUUGCGACAAAGAAUACAAAAUUAUUAAAAGGGAUAUUUCAUCGGUUCUAAUGGAAAAACUAAUGCCAGAAGAUCUGAAAAUAGUGAACACACGGCAGCGGCUGUUAUAUGCAGAACACUGGCGUCGCGUGCGCAGACAAAUUGCGAGUGAAUGCUGCAACCAACCCUGCACUAUUGGGAACAUCAUUUGGUAUUGUGGCAACAGCAGCAAGCUGGUUGUUGAAAACCCGGAAGUUUUCGAAUUUGAAUAG